ACAAAAAAUUAUGAAUGGACCUGCAUAUAUAUAAGCCGGACCUACAUCUAAACCAAGUUAAAAAUAAAUUUAUCCAUGAGUGCAAAAUAAAUAUAUAAAUUAAUUUUUUUUUAUCAAACAACCUAGAUUUCAAAAUUGUUUUUUAACAGAUUUGUCAACAAGCUAGCAAGUCACCGUUGCUGUAUAUCAUCAGCACCUCUCACUCUCACUCUCUUCUUCACUUUUGGGAAUUGGGAGCGAGUAAGAAAUGGAGAAAUAGAAUCUAUAAACUACAUGAAUUGAAGGUACCAUCAAUGGAGUGGCUAUAUGUUGUGUUGAUUAUCUCCUCUUCUGUCUUACAUCUUUCUAAAAGUCAAAACACCAUAACCGCAACCAACUCCAUCACUAGCAACCAAACCAUAAUCUCAGCUGGAAGUACGUUUGCAUUAGGCUUCUUCAGUCCUGGUAAUUCUACUGGUAGCUACCUGGGGAUAUCGUUCAACACAAUCCCAAAGCAAACAGUCAUCUGGGUUGCCAAUAGAGCAUCUCCAGUUCCAAAAGGCUCGCCAUCAAUUCUUACGCUUUCUGAAGAUGGGAAUCUUGUGGUUUUAAGUGGAAAAGAGCUCGUCUGGACAUCAAACGUGUCUGACAUAAACAGCACAGAUGCAGUAUUACUUGAUAAUGGGAAUUUGGUACUUAGACAUGGUAAAGAUGAACUGUGGCAUAGUUUUGAUCAUCCAACCGACACGUUUCUGGCUGACAUGAAAUUUAGCUCCAACAGAAAUGGGCAACAAAUGUGUCUUAAAUCGUGGGUAGAUGAUGAAAAUCCUUUACCAGGGAUAUUCUCACUAGGGAUAGAUCCAGUUCAUCAUCAGGUAUAUAUUUGGAAAGGGGGUGAACGGUAUUGGAGAAGCAAUGUCUACGCAACUAAUUUAACGUUUGAUAGUGGAUUUAUAGGAGAUGGAAGCUGGUUUGGCAAUAGAGUUAUGGAUACAGGAUUUCCAGGAUACAUAAGUUAUGUUAUCAAAGAUGAUGAAGAUUAUGUUUUGUAUGAUAUCUCUACAAACUCAAUGAGCACACGGUUUACCUUAGUUCCUGGUGGGCAAAUUGAGCUACAGGUAUGGAUGAAAACUACAUGGAAUGUUGUAUGGCAGUCACCUCGAGCUACAUGUGAUUUUUAUGGCUACUGUGGUCCAUUUACAAUCUGCUGCAAGACAAAUGAAUCAAUUCCAGCAUGCAAGUGUAUGACUGGUUUCCAGCCGAAAUCACAAAACGAAUGGAGUGCAGGGAACUGGACUGGUGGAUGUGUGAGAAUUAAGGCAUUGAGCUGCGACACAGGAGAUGUGUUUUCAGUAUAUGAAGGAGUGAAGCUACCAGAUCAUGCAGUCAGCAUAGGAAAAAUAAGUUUAAGUGACUGUGAAUCUGGAUGCUUCAGCAACUGCUCCUGUACAGCUUAUGCAUAUGAGAAUGUAACCAAUGAACUUACAAUAAUUUGUCUGAAUUGGUUCAGAGAGCUUGUGGAUACCUCAAGCGACGAUUUUACUCUUCAUAAUCUGUAUGUCCGCUUUCGUAGCUCUCAACUCGUAGACAAGAUACAUGCAAAUAAUUUCACCCACAAAAGGAAAUUCAGGAAUAAAGUUGCAGUUACGGUUGCCAUUGUUUCUGUAGGAAUGCUUCUCAUCAGCAUUUUUGGUUACUUCUGGAGAAGGAGAAGGAGAAGGCUGAUAAUUAGUGCAGAGAGAAUAAGGAGGGAAUUACUUGGAUAUGAUUCUAUGAGCACAUCCAUUGGAGAUGCACAUAACAGCAUAGAGCUUGUAUCGUUUAGCUUAAGGAGUGUACUCGAAGCAACAGGUUCCUUUUCAGUCGAAAACAAGCUUGGAGAGGGUGGGUUUGGUUCUGUUUACAAGAGAUGA